AUGUACAACAUCUUCUUCCAUCGAGCAUCCAAAUUCCCGGGACCUACAAUUGCCGGUGCGACCAGUUUCCGAUAUCACUGGGCCAUGUCUACCGGUAACGUCGCGCCGUGGCUCCGGGAGCAGCACGCCCGAUACGGCGAGGUCGUGCGAAUUGCCCCUGACAUGAUUAGCUACGUCAGUCCAGACGCUUGGAAAGAUAUCUAUGCCUACAAGCCCGGUGAAAAAGAGCAGAACGGAAUCGAUUGGACCAUCCCCUCUCGCGAUGAUGAUGUUCCCAGCAUGUUCUCGGAGCCCAACGAUGCCGAGCAUAACCGUGUCAGACGUCUCUUCUUGCCUGCUUUCUCGGACAGGGCGCUGAAACAGCAAGAACCUCUGCUGUCCAAGUACAGUGAUCAGCUUGUCCAUCUCAUCCGCCGGGGCAUCGAUGAUAACAGAGAUCAAGAGUUCGACGCGGUCAAGUUGUACAACUUUACCACCUUUGACAUCAUGGGAGAUCUCACUUUUGGUGAACCUCUUGGCCUGCUGAAGAAUUCUUCGUAUAGUGAAUGGGUUCAAAACCUUUUCCGCGACAUCAAGACUGCAGGGAUAUUCCUCUUCAUCUUCGACUUUCCACCACUCCCGUGGCUAGUCAAGAAAUUCUCACCACCUUCCAUCCAAAGGGCACACGAGAUCCAUAAGCAGCAUACUGUCGAUCGUGUUAAUCGCCGGCUUGAAAAGGGCCUCGAUCGUCCAGAUAUCUGGAACCUAGUUCUCAGCCAGCCAGAAGGACGAGGCCUAACCCACCCUCAAAUGCAUGCUAAUGCCGACAUCUUCAUGAUCGCCGGUACGGAAACGACCGCUACACUGCUCAGUGGCCUGACUUACUUGUUACUGAAAAACCCUGAGAAGCUACAGAGGCUUGUCGAGGAAAUUCGUGGCAGUUUUGGAUCUAUUGAGGAGCUUACAGUUGAGAAUCUUGCUAGGUUACCGUAUCUCAGUGCGUGCCUGAGCGAAGGGUUACGCUGCUAUCCCCCUGUUCCCAUCGGGCCAUCUCGCGUCACGCCCAAAACUGGUGGCCAAGUGCUCGGGGAGCGGGUUCCAGGUCGCGUUCGACUUACGAUACCACAAUGCGCAGCGUACUACUCCGACUUGAAUUUCAAAGACCCGUACUCGUUUAUUCCAGAGCGGUGGCUACCAGGCACUGGGUAUGAAAGUGACCGCAAGGGCAUUCUGCAGCCUUUUUUGAUCGGUCCCCGAAAUUGCAUCGGACAGAAUCUGGCUUAUCACGAGAUGCGUCUGAUUCUUUGCAAGUUACUAUGGCACUACGAUAUAGAGUUAUGCCCCGACAAAGGAAACUGGCUCUUGGAUCAAAAGAUGUAUAUCUUCUGGGAGAAACGCCCAUUAAUGGUGAAAUUCACCAAGGCACGAAAGUAG